AUGAUGCAAGAGCAGCAACCUCAAAGUACAGAGAAAAGAGGCUGGUGGUCCCUGAGACUCUGGUCUGUGGCUGGGAUUUCCAUUGCACUCCUCAGUGCUUGCUUCAUUGUGAGCUGUGUAGUAACUUACCAUUUUACAUAUGGUGAAACUGGCAAAAGGCUGUCUGAACUACACUCAUAUCAUUCAAGUCUCACCUGCUUCAGUGAAGGGACAAAGGUGCCAGCCUGGGGAUGUUGCCCAGCUUCUUGGAAGUCAUUUGGUUCCAGUUGCUACUUCAUUUCCAGUGAAGAGAAGGUUUGGACUAAGAGUGAGCAGAACUGUGUUGAGAUGGGAGCACAUUUGCUUGUGUUCAACACAGAAGCAGAGCAGAAUUACAUUGUCCAGCAGCUGAACGAGUCAUUUUCUUAUUUUCUGGGGCUUUCAGACCCACAAGGUAAUAAUAAUUGGCAAUGGAUUGACAAGACAUCUUAUGAGAAAAAUGUCAGAUUUUGGCACCUAGGUAAGCCCAAUCAUUCUGCAGAGCAAUGUGCUUCAGUAGUCUUCUGGAAACCUACAGGAUGGGGCUGGAAUGAUGUUAUCUGUGAAACUAGAAGGAAUUCAAUAUGUGAGAUGAAUAAGAUUUACCUAUGAGUAGAAGCUUAAUUGGAAAGAAGAGAAGAAUUACUGACAUAAUUUUUUCACUGACAUCUUUAAAAUUGAAACCUAUCAUGAAAUGAUAAUUUCUUUCUGUAAUUUACACAUAAUCCUUAUGUUAUAGAGGUUCACAGAAAUGGAAAGAUACCUGUUUCCCUUUAAUCAAUCUUCUCAUUUCCUCUUUUCCAUUAAUGAUAGAAUGCACCCUUCCUCUCUUUGUUCCAUUCUUUCACUUGUUAUUCAUUUUUUUCUUUCUUCACACUUCAUUACACAAGUAUUUAUUGUUUCAGAGACUGUACUAUUUUGUUUGUUAGAAGAUUUAUAAGGCAGUAUCUUUUGAAAAUUAUGACUUUCCUUCCUCAACAUACCAUAAAGAAAUAUUUUUGGUCAAGAUGGUAGUUGGAACUACAAUCAUCUGAAGGCCUGACAAGAGUUGAAAGACAUGUUUUCUAGAUGGCUCACUCACAUGGCUGGCAACUUGGUGUUGGCUAUUGAUGUAUCCUGGAAAUAAAUUUUUUUCUGCAGUUAGGGAUUUGGCAUUUUAUACAUGUUGAUUCAAUCAAGUUUGGCAAGCAGGGUGUUUGAUACUGCUAUAUCCUGUAUUCUUGGUUUACUUGUUUUAUUUCUGAGAAAUAUGUGUUAAGAUCUCUCGUUGAUUGGGAAUUUGUCUAUUUCUCAUUUAAAUUUUGUCAAAUCUUUCUUUGCUUGCAAGCAUUUCUUGUUACCCAAAUCUAAUCUAUUCCUGAAAAUAUGAUGGUUAGCAAAGUUUGAGAUAACUAGAGCCUGUAAUCCAUCAUUUUCAAUGGCAAUGAUAACGAUAGUUUAUUUUUAUUUUAUAUAAAAACCUCAACAAAUUUUCUAAACAACUACCAAAAUGGUCAUUAAUAUGUAUCCACAAAGGAUUUCUGCAUAACAUACUUUAAAACAAAUUACCUAAUUAUUUAGUGCAUAUUAAACUUAUUAGUGGGCAUGACUAUAUGCAAAAGUUACAUGAUAUAUGAUACAAAUUAUGUUAUUCUUUUCCAUUGCACUGAAAAUACCAUAAUACAAAGAAGAAUCCCAUCAUCCAAAUUGAGCCUAUAUUGAUUGAUACUCAGAAGAAUCUGGCAGUAGGAGCCUAUAAAGGGAUAAGCAAUUGGGAAAGGAUUGGGAAGUUGGUAGUACCGAACAUCUUCUCACCUGGACUCAUGAGCAACUUGAAUAGUUGUAACUGUGAUGCAUAUGUAGAUGCUAACAUAUUUUUCCCCCUUGAAUAGAAAUUUGGCACAACAAUUUUUUAAAUUAAUUUAGCAAAUAUUUGGAUAUUAAAGUUUCUUAUAGAAAGAGAUACCUGUAUAUUGAAGCCAUGACGAGGUAUAUACAAUGUUAUAAUUAUUACUUGUACGUGGCAAAUUAAUUCUUUUAUCAUUGUGGAGUCACUUUCUUUAAAUUUAGUAAUGCCUUUGGCUUUAAUUUUUCUCCUGAUAUUAAAAUAGAUACAGUAACUUUCAUUAUGUUAGUGCUGUAAAAAUUUUUUUCCGUCUUCUAUUUUUGACCAUUUUUAUCUUUGUAUUCCACAUGUGCUCUUAAUGAGUAGCAUAUAGUUAAAUUUUUAAAAAUCCAAUAUGGCAAUCACCUUUUAGGUUAAACAUUUAAUCCAUUUACAUUUGUGACAAUUUGACAUAUAUAUGGUUCUAAAUCUAUCAUCUUACUAGGUGGUUUCCAUUUCCUCUGCUCCAAAAUAUUUUUUUUACAGCUUAUAACACAACUUUUAUUAGAAAAGUUAUACAUAACACAGCAUCAACUAUUUUCAAGAACCCAAUAAGCAACAAAAACCAGACUAACAAAAUGUGUAACAAGAAACUAAUGACCUUUCUAAAAUCAAACAUUCAAUUAUCUACAAUGUCUAUUUACAAACAGGGAAAACUCCGUUGUUUACAGGCAUGUCAUAUUGAAAAUAAAGCUGCAAUAGCUUUUUAUACAAUUAUCGCUCUCAAGAAAAUGAAUCAUUAAGACAGUAAUUAGGAGUUCACAAAUUUAAAACAUUUCACGUAAUUUUAAAUUAUUGUCUUCAAUAAUUUUAAAUUAUUGAAGUCUGAGUUUCAAAAGUGAUUUUUUUCCCACAGAGGUGCCGACACUUAAGCUAGAGCUUUCAGUGUUAACUUUGCCCUAAAAGUUAAGACAUAUUCUGAGAAUCAUAAUAGUCACAUGAUUUCUGAUGCUAUCUGCUGUUAAUAACAAAGAUUUCACACAUGAAUACCUAUGUAACAAAUCUCCAUGUUCUACACAUAUACCCCAGAACUUAAAGUAUAAUAAUAAUAAAACAUAAUAAAGCCU